UCGGCAUUCUACAUGCGACGCGUAAUACAAAACAUGCAGUUGCAUAGCGCCAUCGCCAGGUAUUAGGUUCAAUUGGACGUCCAUAAAGUCGGCUCCAUGGAGCUUUCUUCCCAGGGCAUCCGAACUUGAUACUAUCCACCUGUGUUCCUCGCCAAUGUCGAAUGAUGCGCCUACAGUCACCGAGACGGGGAUCCUGGCUCUCAAACUGACCUUCAUUAACACAUGCUGCCAAAUGGCCGCGAGCACACUGAUCUUUCAUGAAUACACGAUGACCUUCUCCGACGAAAUCAAUCUCAUAUGGCGAUGCAGAGCCACUGGGGCUACGAUCAUCUUUUUGCUCAAUCGGUACCUGGCCCUGGCGCUGGGUAUUACGAUCAUUAUACAAACUCUCCCAUGGAACACACCUCUCAGUUGCGAGGCUACGAUAAUAUCGUAUAGUAUAGUCAAUAUGCUUCUGAACAUCGUAAUAGCAGUAUUCUCGGCGCUGCGAGCGUUUGCCAUUAGCGGAUCCAAGAUGCUUGCCACUCUAAUUGUGCUGUCACUAGGGUUGGUCACGGUCUGUGCGAGUAUCUAUUUCAUGGCGCGAUCAUCAUAUGCAUAUGUGUUAAUGAUAGCCAGCAUGCCUGUAUGUGACUAUCACGAUUACUAUUCCCUCGAUACAUUCAACCGAGUCAUUAUCGCGAGUCGAAUCUGCGCGAUUGCGGCUGAUGUCAUUGUGAUUGCUCUCACAUGGUAUAAUACGUAUAAGAUGCGAGCAAUUGCUCGACAAAUCAUCCAAAACUCGCUGUCGACAUUGAUAUUCCGCGAUGGCACAAUCUAUUUUGUCCUACUACUAUUUCUCAAUAUUAUGCAAAUGGCUGUCAGAUCAGUGGGUGGUGCUAUCACAAAUUAUGCUGCUUCUUUCGUGGCACCAGUGUCUUCCAUCCUCAUCUCGAGGUUCAUGAUUAACUUGCGCAGCGAGGUAUAUGGCAGCAAUUCUGACAGCAUCGUCGCAAGCAUCGUCGGGAACAUGCACUCCUCCCUGUCAUAUACUGCAUCGUCGGAUGACAGAUCCCGUUCCGCCGGUAGCGCGAGUCUAGCUUAUGAGGAAGGGAGCUCGGAGGAGCGGGGCAGCAUUACAAAUCAGCUUGUCUAUGAUGGUGACCAUCCAACAUCCAUCGAACUGUCAGAUAUGUAUUCUAGGGUUGAAGUUGUUUGACCUACUAAUGUAUCCUCUCCGCUCUCACAAUCACACCAUUGCGCCAUCAUUGUAGUAACCAUUACUGGCCAUUCGUCUUAGGUACAAAAUGCGGG